CUCGCAACCACCAGUUAUUGCAAUGCAGGAGCGACCUGGCAUCAUUAUUUCAAAUACGUAUUUUUUGGUUGAACUGAAUACUUUAAGUCGAACUCUUUUUCUCCUUCCUUCUUACCAUGUUCUCUCGAUCUCUCAACCGUUGUGCCACCUCUGCAACCCGUCAAACAAGAAUCAUCACUCCUCUAGCUACUCGCAGAACAUUCUCAUCGACACCCGCAAUCAUGGUCAAAGAAGGCGACUCCAUCCCCAACAUCGACCUCUUCGAGGACUCACCCGGCAACAAGGUCAACCUCUCUCAAGAGCUGGCCUCGGGCAAAGGCGUCAUCAUCGGUGUCCCUGCGGCCUUCUCUCCCUCGUGCUCCGAGCAACACGUUCCCGGCUACAUUACAAGCGACAAGCUCAAGAAUGCUGGAAAGGUGUUUGUUAUCUCGGUCAACGACGCUUUCGUCAUGAAGGCCUGGUCCAAGGACCUCGACUCGUCCAAAGCCAGCGGCAUUCGCUUCCUUGCUGACCCAGCUGGCGAGUUCACCAAAGCUUGGGACGUCGACUUUGACGCAACCCCGCUCUUGGGCAAUCAUCGAAGCAAGCGGUACGCUGUCGUCACUGAGAACGGCAAGGUCACCAAGGUUGGCCUCGAGGCAGACCCCACCAAGGUCACUGUAUCUAGUGCCGAGAGCGUCUUGUAGAUACUCUUUACUUCACUUCCCCAAGUCUCAUCAUUAUGGAGAGCGUUGCUGUGACAUGAUCCUCAAUCCGAAGGGGUUAACGGAGGAGAGACUUUGAUCAUCAAAUCACAAUAUGGUCUACAUGAUUAGAUAGCGAACAACUCAAAAGUUCCCAAAUUGAUGCAAUACUUUGU